AUAUGUUUUUGGCCCCCAAAUUCCUUGCUUUGAAACCAAACCCAAGUUCAAUGUAUUUUGCAACUCCAAGACAACAGUGUAAAUACCACAGAGAGGUCAUCUGUGUGUGUUUAAACUACUUGAGAACCCAUCUCGGCACACUUACUGGGCUUCAGAGAAAAAUAUGGGAUUGAAACUGUCUCAAAGAUGUAGAGAUUGUACAUUUCACUCACUCUUCCUCUUCUUGGGUUUGUCUUUAAUCACCUUCUGAAAGAAAGCUGUGCCAACUUCUGUUGCAGUCGCGACCUACAGUCACCCACAGAGACUGAGAUACUCUUUUGAUACAGGUGUGCUGACCCCAGAGCAGCGGCUCUUCUACGAGGAAAAUGGUUUCAUUGUUGUCAAGAACCUGGUGUCUGAGGAGGACAUCGACAGGUUCAGGGGGGAGUUUGAACGGAUCUGCCGGCGGGAGGUGGACGUUCCCGGCCUGGUGGUGAUGAGGGACGUGGCCAUCGCCAAGUCAGAGUUCGUUCAGGAUCAGAAAGCGGUCUCCAAACUCCAGGACUUCCAGGAAAGUCCGGAGCUGUUCCGCUAUUGCGCUUUACCUCAGAUCCUGAAUUAUGUGAAGGUUUUCACUGGGCCCAACAUCAUGGCCAUGCACACCAUGCUGAUCAACAAGCCUCCUGAUGCAGGUAAGAAGACGUCCCGCCACCCGAUGCACCAGGACCUGCAUUACUUCCCCUUCAGACCCACCGACAGGAUCGUCUGUGCUUGGACGGCGAUGGAGAAAGUUCACCGGCAGAACGGCUGCCUGGUGGUGCUGCCAGGGACGCACAAGGGCACGCUGAUGGAGCACGACUACCCGGCCUGGGAGGGCGGAGUCAAUAAGAUGUACCACGGGGUGCGAGACUACAACCCCGACCAUCCCAAGCUCUACGUGGAGAUGGAGAAGGGGGACACGGUUUUCUUCCACCCGCUGCUCGUCCACGGCUCCGGCACCAACCAGACGCAGGGCUUCCGCAAGGCCAUCUCCUGCCACUAUGCCAGCAGUGACUGUUACUACAUUGACGUGAAGGGAACCACCCAGGAGAACAUUGAGAAGGAGGUGCAGAAGAUCGCGGAGCACAAGUACAACCUGGGGGAAGUUUCCUUCACGGACACCUGGGCUUUCCGAGGUCGCCUGGUGCAAGGAGAGAGGACUUCACUGUGAAGAUACUCAGAUGAACCAAAACUUCAGCAAAAAACUGAAGUAAAAAUCUAAUUUGAAAGUAAAAUAAAUGCAUGCUAUCAAGUUUUCCAAUGAAAAGGGGAAAUCAAGGGAUAAUAAUGCAGAAAUAAACAUGAAAUGUUUUGUAUUAUGUGAAGAAAAAUGAGUGUGGAUGUGUGCAAGGGAGCAGAGGAGGUUUAGAGUGAAGAUUAAUGAAAGCUGUGAUUUAAGAAAAAAAUGUUCUGGUUUAAAUAAAGCACUUAAAGUUCAUACCAACAGAUGCCUUGAUUUUGCAGCAUUGUACCUCGUAAAGUUGUAUUUAUUAACUUUAAAUUUUUAUGUAAUUUAACACUAGUGAAUUAAUUUUGCUUAUUUUUUUCUAAUCCUUUUUAAAAGAAAUGUAACAAUUUAUAUGGACUAAUAAACUCAGAAAACGAUGA